AUGCCGCCUCCUCCUCCUCCACCCCCUCCUCCGCCGCCUGGUGGUGGUGGUCCUCCUCCUCCGCCUCCUCCUCCCCCAGGAGGACUUCCUGGACGGCCUGCAGCUGGAGGAUUGCCCAACCGAGGCGCUCUACUUUCCGACAUUCACAAAGGCAAAGCUCUCAAGAAAGCCGUCACAAAUGACCGUUCCGCCCCUCAGGUCAGCAAAUCUUCAUCAAGCUCGUCAGGCCCUCCGAUCGGAGGCGCGCCUCCUGUUCCAGUUCUGGGCGGUGCACCGAAGCCUCCAGGAGGACUGGCACCACCUGUGCCAGGAAACCGAGCCAGGAGCAACAGCGAUCAGGGGUCUCGCGAUGCGGCGGGAGGAGGCAUGGACGCGGCGCCGCAGCUAGGCGGUCUCUUCGCUGGCGGUAUGCCCAAGUUGAAGAAGAGAGGGGGAGGUAUCGACACCGGUGCCAACUCCGACUCGACGUAUCUGUCCGAUCCCGAGCCUACAACAUCCGCCCCGAAACCGCCGACCUUUGGGGCGCCGAAGCCCCCGAUAGGGGCUGCUCCCGCGAUUCCUGGCCGACCUCCGAUGCCGCCUCCCGGAGGAUCGAACUUGAGGAAGACGACUCCGGUAGGAUCAAAGCCUCCGCCUCCUCCGAUAGGGAAGAAGCCGCCUCCUCUCCCGACAUCGCGGAAGCCCUCGUCCAUGUCGUUACCGCCAUCUGUGCCGUCAGCACCAGCUCCUCCUCCUCCCCCUCCGCCAAUGUCCUCCGCUCCAGCUCCGCCCGCACCUCCACCACCUCCCCCUUCUGCGGCGCCUCCUCCUCCUCGCCCAAGUGUAUCUCCCACGCCGCGAGCACAACCUCCCCCGCCUCCUCCACCACCUGCAGCGUCUCACUCAACACCCUCGCUUGCUGCUCAAGCUGCCAUCCGCGCAGCUGGCCAAGCAUCUCCAAGCUCCGCGCCCCCCCCGCCCCCAUCAUCAGCGCCAGCACCUCCAACUGCAGCUUCACCGCCGCCUCCAGUGACACGUUCCCGCGGCUCCUCUCUCCGCCAAUCCAUGUUGGACCCCAGCAUGUUUACUCUGACAGCCAAUGGAGCGAAAUCUCCUAGCCCCGCCAAGGGUUCGCCUGCGCAGACACCUGGUGCUACAGGUGGCACACAUGUGGUGAUUAAUGACUCCAGGUGGCAUUUCAAGGACGAGGGUCUGUUCCCCAAACCAAGAGAUUUUGUAGGCGGCACAAGGAAGUACAGGGCGGGGCGAGGAAGCAGUGUGCCGUUGGACCUGAGCGCUCUGUGA